AUUCGAAAUACAUUUCCGCUUUCGAUAUACAGUGAAUAUGCUUCUUCUGUGACGGUUAUGUCAACUUCAUAGGGUCAAUUAGAUGUUUGCUUUCAAUGCAUUCCUAUGGAAUGAUGAUAGAAGCAGAUGACUCGGAUCUUAAAGAUGGCUGUGCAUGCCCUGACACUGGACACAGCAGUCUUCAAAAUGAUGAGGUUGCAGAAAUGUACACUCAUGCACGUGGGCAUGUGAAUCAAGACCAUGACAUGGAUCAACUAGAGCAUGAAUUUGACACGCAUGAAGGCGAUGAUCCAGACCUAUCGGUGGUCUCAUUUGACAUAGCAGCAGAGACGGUUGUCACGACAACAAAUCUACCGCUACACGACACAGAAAUCAACAUAAUCAAUAGCCAAUCAGAGACCUGUAAUGAUGUUGUGUGCCCGUCCCUUUUGUUUGACGAUGUUGGAAAUAUUACUGGGUCGGAGUCGAGUGAAGCUCUGGGAAGUAAACUAAUAUCUGGUUCUGAUAUCACAGAAUCCGAGUUAUCUGCCUUGAAUAUGUGUCUGGCACAGACUGAUACUGUAAGUCAGAGGUCAACUGUAAAUAACAACAUACAGAACCAACUCUUCGUCACAUCGGAUGUGACAGAAUGUGACCCCCAGACUGUCCUGUCCCUGGAGGACGUGACUAAACGAGAGAGGGCGCGGCUGUUAAAACAAAGACUACGGAGGAAUCCCUCCUUCAGAGAAAAGGAAAAAGAGCAGGCAAGAGCCAGAAUGAGAAAUAAAAGGAAUGACCCUGAGUAUCGGGAAAAAGAACGAAGAAAGGACAGAGAAAGACGUAAAAUGGUGCGGCAUGUGAACGAAGAGGCCCGCCAAAAGGAACGUGAAAGGGACAAAGUUCAAAAGAGGGUCAUUAGGGAAAACAUGAAGGAACUAAAACAAUUACAUAAUCAUGAAUCUCUGGUGAAUGUGGCAGACACUUUGUAUGUGGAAAACUGUUUUGUAAUAUCAGACUCAAGUGAACAGGGCUACUGGACAAGUGAGCAUGUGAUUGGUUCAAAUUCUGAUUCUAUCAUCCAAUCAGAUUCAAGGACAGAUGAGGAGGAUGGUUCACUGAUACCUCUUGACUUUGUUGACAAAGUAACAAUUGAUUCAAGUAUUGGGUGAUAUUUCCAUACCUAUUAAGUUAUUAAAAUAAUUUUAAAAUGAAAAUUGGUGCGUACUUGUUUUU